CUAACAGUGAAACUAGUAUUAUUCAACAUAAAAAUUUGAAAAGCUAUGGAACCGCCGGUUCCGAAAGUGAUCAUUAUCGGAACGGUCAGCAAAUUGCUCCUGUUGGAGCUGUAUCUCAUGAACACAGUGAUAGUGUACCACAAUCUUAUCAAAACAAGCCUAUCAGCGAAGCGGUGAUGGAUGAAGUAGAAGCAGAUGAAAUCAUACCAGCGUCGGAAGGAUUUGGUAAUAGAGUAACGAACUCGCAAUUACAAAAGGAGCAUACAAGUCCGAGACAACGCGUUUCGACCUCCGAGAGGAUGCUAAGUAAGAAACUCGUCUUAUUAAAUCUGUUGACCAACUUUUUAAUGUUUGCGGUGGCCGGUUUUAUAACCUACCACUGUUUUAAUAAGGCAACUGUACUGUUUUCUUGGCAUCCGACUUUCAUGAGUAUUGGAUACCUAAUUGUGAUGUCUCAGGCGAUACUUAGCUUAUCGGGGGCAAAUCUUCUAACCUACAAAAGACACCACAAGACUAAAUUAUUCCUACAUUGGUUGCUGCAGGUUACUGGCGGUGUGCUAAUAACGAUCGCCUUCGUAUGCAUCUUUGUCAACAAGGUGCGCAUGGGCAAGGCACACUUCCAGACCACACAUGGUCUGUUCGGCCUAAUAACGGUCAUAGCAACUCUAAUUUCUAUUAGUGGCGGAGUAUUCACCAAAUAUGGGUAUCAACUUAGGCACAUAAUGAGGCCCAUUUAUUCCAAAAUUAACCAUGGAAUAGCCGGCAUUGUAACAUAUGUACUUGGUAUGAUUACUAUCGGACUUGGAAUAUACUCGGUAUGGUUCCAGGAAGAUAACAACGCACAAGUUCGGCUAGCAUUACUGAUAGGAUUGAUUGCGAUCGCGGUAAACGUUUUGAUCAACCCGAUUACAGCUACUAUAAGCAGAAUCAAAUCAGCUCUGAGGACCACGCUCUAAGCAAAAAUUCCAUUUAACAAUUGAAGACUUUUGACGUAGGACUACGUCUUUGUUUACUAUACUGGGACUGGGUAGCACUUUGUGAAAACGAAAAUAGAAGUGUAACGUUUGAAUGAAAGAUUUCAAAUGCUAAUAACUACUAAACUACUGAACGAAACUGAACAAUUUAUAUGUCGUUGGAUAGAUAAAAUGACCAGCAAUUUUUUACGGGAGUAAGAGAGCAAUUUUAAGGGGGGCGUAAGACGGGGGGCUCCUAUACAAAUGAAACACAAAUUUCCUCAAAAUUCGAGAACUAAUCAAGCAAAUGGAACCAAAUUUGGCAUGUGGGGGUUUCAGAAGGCAGCAUUAUUUUUCUACGCUGUACUGAGACCUCUUCUUCUAAGAAGGGGGGGGGGCUCCCGUACAAAUGAAAUACAAAUUUCCUCAAAACUCUAGAAGUAAUCAAGCAAAUGGAACCAAAUUUGAAGGGGUUUCAGAAGGUAAGAAUUUUUUCUAUGGUAAAUUGAGACCCUUCCCCUCUUUAGGAGGGUGGGGGGGCAUACAAAUAAUAUUCAAAUUUCCUCAUAACUCGAGAACUAUUCGAGUAAAAGGAAACAAAAUUGGCUUGUGGGGGUUUUUGGAGGUAAGAUGUUUUUCUAUUUCCUCAUAACUCUAGAACGAAUCAAGCAAAUGAAACCAAAUUUGGCAAGUGGGGGUUUUAGAAGGCAGGAUUUUUUUCUAUGGCAUAAUGAGA